AAACACCACUGUUGUAACACCACAUAAAAUAUAUGGCAUACAAAAAACCCAAAUUGUUAUACAUAUAUUACUACAAAUCUUAACUAAAAACAUUGACACUGAAGUUGUUUUCAAUGUUUGUUUUUUUAGAUUAAUAAUUGAUAAUUAAACCAAGUGUAGUAUAGCUUGGAAAUCCUUACAUUUGAAAGCAGCUUUGGGAAAUUAUGUAUGUGACCUCUGACCUAUAAAACAACUUUCUAAAGAUGGAAAGCUGGUAUACACAAUACAUUGAAACAGUAUUUGAGCAGACUGAAUUUAAUGUUGGAACUUGUCCUUCAAUAUGUUAGCCAUGAACUUUUUUGAAGUAACAUUUAACAACCAAUAAAGUUUUCAUGUUUUUAUUAUUUGGAAAAUUCAGAUCAAACACUUUAUAUAUCUGUCUGCAUAGAUAUUAGAAUGUAGCUAUAGAGGAGGGAAACUAAAGAAAUGUAAUUAAAAAUCAAUCUUUUGGAGUGCCUGGAUCAACAUAAAAACAUACCUGUAAAUAUAAUGCAUACAUUUUAAACAAGGUCUCAUUUUGGAUAAUAAGGGAAGAGAUUGACUGGGAUGCCCCUAAACUGUAAAUCAUGAGAUUUAAUGAAACACAAGGUUAUUUCCUAUUGUAAAAAAAUAAACAUGUUUUUAUUGUUUCUGGUCAGACAAAACUCAGAUUGGUUGAGACAGGCAUGGUAUUUCCUGUUUCUGGAAGGCUCCUUUGUCCCCCUCAACAAUUUCUUGGAGCCACUUGGAGUUUAGGAUGUGUCAGAAAGGGACAGAAUGGACUGGGAAUCAUUUAAAAUCCCACUUUCCAUUUUGUGAAAACAUUUAUUGUAUUCAUUCUCUUAAAUGAAAAACAUUCUCUUAGGCUUUAAUUUUCUCUUUGAAACAACAGUGGGAUUUGGUUGAAUAUUCCUUCUCAAUGUAAGCGAUUUAUAGUUAUUCCAAAAGGUUACCGGGACUUAUGGUUUGUUUGUUAUGGAGAUUAAUAAACUUAUUUUAAAGUGAAAUACUGAAUAAUCAACAGCUCAAAGUGCAUUUUGAUCAUUUAAGAAAUUAAGCAAAGAAAAUGAGAAAUGACUCCCCUGGCUAGUACAGGGAAUUUAAGAAAAAAGACAAAUGUAUUGCUUUAACAUUCACCAGUUCUGUAAACUCAUGACUUCCCAUCAGCUUAACAAUGAAGGUACAGUUGUUUUUUUUUUCACAGCUCAGCAUCUGCAUGGCCUUGGACGGUUCAAACCAAGUACAGAGAGAUGACCUUAUUGUUGUGGAUCACUGCCUUUCUGCUCAUCAGCGCAACAGCAGCUGCUCAACAGGCUAACCUCGACCACUUUCCAGAAAACUUUGUGGUGGCAAAACGAGGCGAAGAUUCUGUCAGCCUGACCUGCCUUGCGACCACCGCUGGACCUGUGACAUGGAAGCUCAACAACGAAGACCCCGAUUUUGAAGACUACAUGAGCAAGAGUGGCCAUAAUCUAAUCGUAAGGGAUGUGGAUACACCCCUGCUGGGGGAAUACAGCUGCUGGAGAGGUGAAACGAAAUUGUCGUCGAUCUAUCUGCUGCAGGAGACUGACGAAGAAGAGGAUACAGAUUCUUUGUUCACAUGCCGUGCAAAGUCCUAUGGUUGUAGAUUCAGCUGCAAAUGGACUGAAGACAGCUACGGAGCUGUGCGCCUUGGAAUUGGCCCUGACUGCACUAAAGGUCUGCCAUCAUGUAACUGGGUGAGCGGCCAGCCCAACAGCCAGGGAUUCCACUUUGAGCUGACCCACAACCUCUCACCAUUUGGUGAGGAAAGCACCAGGCUGGAGGUCACCGCCGAGGCCAUCAACGACUUCUUCCUCCUCAGGAGAACCAAACUGUUUUAUCUUAGAGACAUUGUUGUACCUGACAGCCCCCAGAUUGUCAGGGUUGAGGUGGUGCAGUCGAACUUGAAUGUCAGCAUCGAGCCACCGUCCAGCUGGUCGACUCCUCACAGCUUCUUCACUCUGGAGCACGAGAUUGAAUACGUGCUCAGAGACAAUGGAAAGACCGGAACCUCUUCGUCUUCUCUGAUACCGAAGAAGAUCAGCAUGUUCAGGGCCCGCUCCAGAGAUCCGCUGGUGUUCUCAUCUUGGAGUCAUUGGACUCCCUGGAAAAAUGGGAGGAAUUCAUGCCAAUGUAAAAAGAAGCAGACAUCUGAGCUGUCACCCCAGUGUUUGGAACGCUGCAAGAAGAAAAUGGAGAAAAGAAGAACUAAACAUGUUAAACAAAGUCAACAUCUUCUAAAAUGAAGUUGUUUUUGACAGAAAUGUAGACAUUUGAAAUGAGAGGGAACAUCUUGGCACACAACAAAGCACUGACAGAUCAAUUUCUGUUUUUAAUUAGAGAGAAAAAAAGCUCCAAAAAACAGUUUUUCAUUUGAUGCAUUCACAUGAGUGAAGAACUAAUUAAGUCAUUGAGCUGUGUUGGAGUUAUCUGGUUUCAGAAUACAAAACUGCAUGGCGAGUGUCUGUCAGACAUUUAGAAGGUUGAAGCAGAAAAACAAGGAAAGGAACAAAACAUUAGCAGUGUGUGUGAAGCCACUGCCAGGUCAGUGACCAGUAUGCACUCAGUGGGGAUUGUUUUGACCAUCUCUGGUUUGCAUGAAGCUGGGAAACUCUAGAAUUGUACAAACAAACAAAUUCCACCCACAGGAUUGCAGUUGUGGGCUUUUUUUUUCACCUUGGCUCCAUCUACAGCUGUGGUACACAACAACAUCGCUGUAAAAUCAUUGCAUUAAAUCCUCUAAUGUAUCUGUUGAGACAUCCAAUAAAUUAUAAAAUAUUUGCUCUAAUAUGGAUAAUAGGUCAGAAAAUGACAUUUUAAAAAAAUGAUGUCUAUAGUUUUGAUAUUCUGAUGUUAAUCGUUUUGUUUUAUUAUAGCUGUAAAUUGAAAUUGUUCCCAAUCAGCAGAAAUAAAAGCUUGAAAACAUCAAUCUGUAUGUUCUUGAACUGCAAAUGAAAAUACUGUAUGAAACAGACAAAACAUCUUGAGAGACUGACCCUCUAUAACUUUAAUACAUCAAGACACUGUAAAGAGAGAUUUUACAGGACACACGCUUUCUUAUUUCAUGCAGCUUUUCAAAGAUUUUCUUUUAUUUUAUACG